AUAAUGUACCACAUACAUACACAAACUCAGCCAUAUACGGAGUAGAUUGAAUCAAAGAAACGGAUAUGUCUUCAGAAGCGAUUGAACUGAAUGGAAAUGCGACCAGAGGUGAUGCAGGGCAGCAUCCUCGGCCGAGCCGCUUUUCAAGGAACACCCCAAUUAACAUGAACCAUUAUGCCAAUAAGAAGAGUGCAGCAGAGAGCAUGCUGGAUAUAGCACUACUGAUGGCCAAUGCGUCCCAGCUGAAGACCAUCCUAGAGCUGGGUCCAGAUUUCUCCUUUUAUGUUCCUCUCAUCUCUCUCAUCAGCAUCUCACUCACCUUGCAGAUCAUCGUGGGGGUCUUACUAAUCUUCAUAGUAAAGUGGAAUCUGAAUGACGCAAAUAAACACUACAUUCUGAAUCUACUGGAGAACAUUGUUACAGCGCUCGUCUUCAUCAUCGUAGUAGUAAACAUUUUCAUCACAGCGUUCGGCGUUCAAAGACCACAUGAAAAGAAGGUGUAACCAAAGCUUCUCAGAUAAUGAGGUUUCUACAGGUAUGUAGUAAUUUCCAACUAUAAUGGACAUCUGCCAUUACAAGUCAAAACGUGUGCUCUAUGUAAAUUAUAUGCCUUUUGUUUUUACAUACAGAACUUUUUAGCCCCCAAAUGAGGCAACAACUGCUUAAUUUGGGUAUUUGUGGGUUAUAACUUCAAAUGAACACAUAUAUCUAAUUAUGAUAAUAUUAUUAUUGUAAGAUAUUAAGUAAUUAUUUAUAAUCAUGUAAUAAGUAUAGUUAAGACACUUUGAUUGUGAAAUAUGAGCAAAUACCAUACCAUUACUUUAAGACUGAAAAUAAUGAAGUCAAUGGCAAAGGACAUUGUCAGAUACAUUGAAGUAAAAAAAAAAGAAACGCAUAGUACCAAUGCAACAUGUAGGGACUCUUCAUACUGCCUACCUGAUAGCCUGUGUCUACAAAGAAAUACUGUACUGACUGUUUUUAUAUUAUGCCAUUACAUAUGUCAUUUUUUUGUAAAACUAUACAAUUAUGUACUGUUUGUGUGUACAUUUUAGCUCUGUUCACAUUAACACUUUUGCACAUAAAUUGCACAACAAGCUUGUGUUUGGUGUUAUCUUAUGUUGGUAUUUCUGACAUUUAGAAGCCUUACAGUAUGAUUUUAAGAAAUAAAUAAAGGACUAAAUUAUAACAAAGGUCUUCAUAAACCUGAGCAGCUUGCAGUGAAGGCAAACAAGGCUGACAAUUAAUCUACAUCAGUGGUUCACAUGCUUUUAUACUCCA